AUGUCCCCGUUUUGGCUUGUGUAUGGAAAACCAUGUCACUUACCGGUGGAGUUGGAGCACAAGGCUCAUUGGGCUGUGAGGAAGUUCAACAUGGAUGUAGAUGAGGCGGGAAUUCAUCCUUACGAGAAUGCUCGGCUUUACAAGGAAAAUACGAAGGCCUUUCAUGACAAGAUGAUUCGCACCAAGUCCUUCUCUGCUGGACAAAAAGUGUUGUUGUUUAAUUCUCGUCUUCGUCUAUUUCCAGUCCAAGUUCGUAGCUUCAAAACAGGUCAAGAGUUCAAGGUGAAUGGGCAUCGCUUGAAGCCUUACUACGAGAGCUUUGUAGAACAUGAUAUGGAGAAGACAACCCACUAUGCCGUGGGUUCCCAUGAAGGUUGA